GAGCAGUUGGAAGAUGCUGACGAGCAGAUCGAGCAAGAGGAAGAGGGUGCUCGAGGAGAAGAAAUUCAGCCCGAAGAGGGGGGUUCUGAGGCUGAAGCCUCGGAGGGACGGAAUGACGAGGAGGGAGUAAGUGAAGGAGGGGAACGCGAGACUUCUCUUAAUGCCGCCUGCUCGGGUGAUUCCGAGGAAGAUAGCGAAGGGUCGCCAUUCCUAAUAAGGAGGGGAAAUGACGAAGACGAUGAUGAGAGGCGGUCUCCUGUUCUGACGUUUCCUCGUGAGAGAACUCCAGUUCCCGUCGGAGGAGGGGCCGUCCAGAUCGGUACUUCUUCUCGUGGCUCGACUAUCCUAAGGAGGGCUCCCGGAUUCAGCUUUCCCGAUAAGGUCGACUUCCAUUAUGAGGGACCGGCUCCCUUAGUGUAUUUUCCAGAGAAAUGUGGGGAGUUUCUCUGUCAACUAAGAGGGAGGGCGAAACCUCUUCCUGCUGUGAAGGACCUUAUCUUCGGGGGUGAAUACGAAGAAGCUGCAAGGGCCAAACUGCUGGGUGAUAGCACGAUGAAUGUCGUUAUUGAUAAAUACGACACGGCGCUUAAAGGAGCCUUGGAGGAGCUCGAGCUGGCCAAGAAAGAGUUUGCUGAGAAGGAAGAGGUUUCUGCUCGUCAACUGAACGAGUCAAGGGCCAAUCUGCAUAAGCUCGACAGGGUGAUGGCCCGCACCAUUGCUCGACGCGAUGAGUUUAAAGCCGCGCUGGAGUCGUCUCGAAGAACCAUCCGCGAGCUUGAACAGAAGAAUGCUGACCUCAGCGAGAGGGCUUCGCUUGCUGCCACUCACGAGCGAGAGAUGAAACGUCUGAGAGACUCCAGAAUAUUGGAGGUGACGAGAGAAAGAGGGAGAGUUGAGGCGGAAAUGACCGCCAAGGCUAGUCGUUGCUUCGCCAGGAUUCGUUCUCGAGAGGAGCGUCGGGGUCCUUACGACGAGGCCCGGUUACUCUACAGCCAAGCCUUUGGGACUAGGAAGUGCCUCGAGGCCUUGAAGGGAGCCGGGAACGACAUACCGCAAGCCUCCAUUGAUAUGUUCGUCGAGUAUGAGAGGAAGUACGAACAAGAGGCUGAGCAGCUGAAGGUUGGCGAGAUCCCUGAAACUGAUUUUAGAUUCUCUCCUCUCGUGUUGGAGUCUCAGUUUGUGGAUGCUCGGAUUCUGGCGGAGAAGGAGUGCACCACCACGACGCCGUAG